UAACUCUGUUGAUUUGUUGACAAAUGAAUUAUUAGACAAUGAAAGCAAUGAAAGUAACUCUGUUGAUUUGUUGACAAAUGAAUUAUUAGACAAUGAAAGCAAUGAAAGUAACUCUGUUGAUUUGUUGACAAAUGAAUUAUUAGACAAUGAAAGCAAUGAAAGUAACUCUGUUGAUUUGUUGACAAAUGAAUUAUUAGACAAUGAAAGCAAUGAAAGUAACUCUGUUGAUUUGUUGACAAAUGAAUUAUUAGACAAUGAAAGCAAUGAAAGUAACUCUGUUGAUUUGUUGACAAAUGAAUUAUUAGACAAUGAAAGCAAUGAAA